AUGGCGAAAAAGGGUCCAUGCUCGCAUUGCGGAAUAGUCUCUGCUCCACAUUGGCGUCAAGGACCAGAAGAGAAGCCAGUGUUGUGCAAUGCAUGUGGAAUAAGAUUUAAACAUUGGGGAAACCUUCAUAACUAUACUCCAAAACAUUGUGUGCCAAAUAACCUUAAUAAUCACAAACUUGUGAAAGAUAACGGAAAUACUUCAAGCAAUGUUCCAGAUGAGGAUUCAGAUAAUGGUGGAAAAAAUUCAUCAAAUUCAUGGAUAUAUUCAAAGAGACGUUCACAAAAGGGAUAUAAGAAGAUGACACCAAUCCAGAAGUUUCAAAAACAACUUUUUGAUGAGUGGAGAUAUCAUGGGAAAGCAAAAGAGGAAGAUGUUUUAUUGUUCCAAAACAUGAACAACUUCAUACCUUCAAAUGAAAUUGGCCUUGGAGCAAUUCUUCUUAAGCCAACAGAAGAUGCUAGUUCUACAUCUCGUUGA